AUGUUUCUCGUCCAUGAGAAUUUCCCUUCCGUUCACAUUUUUUUUACUAUCUAUCUAUCUAUCUAUCUAUCUAUCUAUCUAUCUAUCUAUCUAUCUAUCUAUCUAUCUCAGUUUGUUACAGUCUAUCUAUCUAUCUAUCUAUCUAUUUAUCUAUCUAUCUAUCUCAGUUUGUUACAGUCUAUAUAUCUCAGUAUGUUUCUAUCUAUCUAUCUAUCUAUCUAUCUAUCUAUCUAUCUAUCUAUCUAUCUCAGUUUGUUACAGUCUAUAUAUCUCAGUAUGUUUCUAUCUAUCUAUCUAUCUAUCUAUCACAGACUGUUCAUUAUUUGUUUAUCCAUCUCAGAUGACAUCUGUCUAUCUAUCUAUCUCAGUUUGUUACGAUCUAUCUAUCUAUCUAUCUAUCUAUCUAUCUACAUUAUUUACAUUAAUCGAACUAUUAAAUCUAUCUAUCUAUCUAUAAAAUCUUGUAUUCAUCCUUUUGAUAGCUUAGUGGACGAGUGA